AUGCCUCGCGCAAAAGCCUCAGGAUCCUCGGAGCCAAAACGACGCAGCCGCACUGGCUGCUGGCUAAACUGGGAAGGCCGGAGGAUAAAGCGCCGUAGCGGCGCUGGCGAGACCGACGAAGCGUUGCCCAUGCAAACUCUAUUCAGCAACGAAUUUCUGGUCGACGCCUCCGCAGCCGACAGUAUUGGCGUGCCACUUGAGCGUUCUGCAACCGAGCCAAACUCAGCCAACACGGGCCCCAUACAUUAUGAGUUUGAGCAUACUCUCUUUCAAGACUUGCACCAGAACUCUGACAUGAGCUCAUCUGUCGUGGUAAAGAAGAAGGCUAAAUCGAUGGAUGAUGCCUUUUCCCUAGAUCGGACGUCCGUGGACCUUCAAUUCGCCAUGGGCAGCGAGAGCACAGAUAUGACCAUGGCUACCAUGCAGUUCACUGGCACCGCACAAAGUCCCGCAUCAACUAUAUCGACCAACGAAGAAGCCAUCGCAUCUCGACCAACACAAAAUGACGGCCAGCUGGAACCAUAUUACCUAGAGCAGGCCCAGUCUCCCAGAGAUCCCCAGUGGUCAGGUGCAUGGAACAACACAGGGCCCAUGCUGAGUUGCAUGACUCUGAACUCGCCACAACUCUCGAGAGUUCCGUCUUGUACUAGCGAUGAGAUGGCACUUCACUCGAUGUGGUUGGAUCCUGCAGCUGUUGAGGCGUCUGAUCGUAGAUCUAGUGUUGAUGGCACAGGAGUCGGCUCUGUGGAAUGCUCAAACAGCCUCUCGUACAUGGCUCAAGUCGGCUGCAGUAGCGCACCCACUUGUAGCAUGAUGUGUCUCAUGAGUGGGAAACCAUGGAUGAUGGCCAUGGGAGACAUGAACGCCCCGCUGAUCAGAGGCGGAAGCUUUGAGACGAUCCCUGAACAGGCAGAAACGGCGACCGGGAACCCGCCCUGGAUAAUCAGUAGCGAAUACCAACAAACCAUCAAUUCGCUGCCGAAAGGAAUAUCUCCUAUACCAGACAAAUUGAGAGACGAAACCAACAUGAUGUUCUUCGACCACUUUGUCAAUUACACAGCGAAAGUCCUGGCACCGUACCAUAAUAAAGACGCUAAUCCAUUUAGCUCCUUUAUGCCAGCUAUUGCAUUCCAAAGUGAUGUUCUCCUGAGCCUGGUGCUAGCUUUCGCAGCUGUGCAUCGGUCGCAAGUCCUGCGAAUGAUAGAGCCUGAAUUGCGGAUGGCCGAGUGGGCAGAAGACAUUUUCUCUGUCCUAAGAGUGCAACUCGACGACCAAAGCAAACCACUGCCGGAUGAUAUACUGCUCUCAAUGGUGCUUCUGAUAUCGCUCGAAAAGUCAUCUCCAAGUACCUUUGGAGCCAACAUUCCCUGGCAGAAGCACCUCAAUCUUACGCGUAGUCUGGUGGACAAGCGUGUCCGGAGCAUGCGCGCGAAAGAUGAAAAGGAUGAGGAGCUCUCCUUCAUUUUCAGUUGGUUUUCGUAUCUUGAUGCCAUGGGCCAAGUCAGCCUCAGCCCGCCCAUAGAGGACAUUACGCCCCAGACUGGUCCGUUUGACCUGCUGCACAGGAUCGCUGUCGAUGACGAAGAGGAGGUUGACUGCGUGAUGGGUUUCACCACGCGCUGCGGACAGCUCCUUGUCGAGCUUGCUUCCCAGAUUCGAACCUGCUCCGGCCCGGAGGGGCCAGACGCUGCCACCAUGCAAGCGGCACUGGACCUCGAGAGCAGAUUCAAGGAGAGCAUGACGAAGCCCGUCAAGGUUUGCCACCAUAUCCGAAAAAACAAGGUUGACAUGAGAAGCCUCACGGAGAUGGACGCUGCCAACCAGGCUUUCCACUGGGCUGGCAUUGUGUACCUGCGACGCCGCAUCCUGCGCAAGGGCUCUGGCGAUGAAGAGGUGCAGGACGGGGUCCAGAGAAUAUGGGAGUGUAUUCAGCAUGUACGCAGAGAAAGGGAAGCUGACACGGCUUGCCUAUUUCCGCUUUUCGUUGCUGGAUGCGAAACAAGCGAUGUCACACAGCGUAGGCUGAUUCUUGCCCGCUUUAAGAGUGCGGAGAAGUGCGGCAUGAAACAGGUUAAGCGCGCACGCAAGCUCAUGGAGGCUUCAUGGCGUGAUGACAAGCCGUGGUACAGCUUGAUUCAGGACGAAUAUCUUGGAUGA